AUGAACUUUCCGGAUAGUAGGGUACUUAGUGAUGAGUUCCCCCGCCGGAAAUACAAACCAUCAUCUGCGACCCGGUUGGAAGAUAUAGUUCUGAAGGGGCUUCACUAUGGGCAACGUAAGUUGCUCUUGUCUGAGAUUGAAUUUCUUUCGGCAUAUUUGGAAGGCAGGCAGGCUGGGGCGAAGCCCACGCUAGUGGUUUAUGCGGGUGCGGCGAACGGCUCACAUCUUCCCUUCCUCUUUCAGCUUUUUGAAGCGGUAAAGUUUGUUCUUAUCGAUCCUGCCCCAUUCUGUGAUGCUGUGCGGGAAAUUUCACUGAAUAAGCAAGGACCCAUUUUGGAUCUAGUGCAAGGAUUCUGCACCGAUGAGUUGUGCAAGCAGCUCUCUAGCUCCUACGGUUCAACCUAUGAUAUUCUUCUUGUUAGCGAUAUUCGUUCGGGGGUACCAGAGAAGCAGUCGAAUCGGGAGAAUACGCUGAUGAUCAUGCGUGAUAACGAUAUGCAGCGAAGUUGGUGCUGGACGCUAAAGGCAGAGGCGGCUCUGCUGAAGUUUCACCCACCUUAUCCACCUUGCCGUGAUAGAAACUCACGGCACUACGAUGAGGCGGAUGACACGCCUGAAAGCAUAGAGUAUUUGGAUGGAGUUCGCCUGUUUGGAGUGUGGGCACCCAAAUCGUCUUCCGAGUUGCGGUUGUGCGUGCAAGGGCCGUUCCUCCAGGGGACUAGUUUCCCGAUGCGCCGAUAUGACUGCACUACGCAUGAGGAACAGUGUUAUUUUUAUAAUACAGACAACCGGUACACGCGUGACUGUGCUGCUGAGAGUGGGAUAUUGGAACGAUACCUUCAAUUGUUUCCCUCCGCGCCCUAUAGCGACCCCACGGCCCUAUCAAUGACGAUUAGUAAUUUUCUCGGGUUUCCUCUUUUUCUCCCACUCGACUCGUCGUUUAGCGAGAGUGACGCUCGCUGGGUAACUUUGUUAUACUCCACGCGGAUCCCUACCUGCUUGGAAUUGUUCACCACCCUGCGCGGAAGGGUGACGCAUACCGUCAUGAAGCAACUUGCUGAGGAAUGGCAGAGCGCAACCACCGUUCCGAAGGGGGUCAGUAUUGAUUCCGUUGAGCUAACUUCUGAGUUCUGGAAGGCAGUUUGCGCUGGUGACCUUACUGAGGCGUACAGCUUUCCUAACAUUCGCUGGCGUUUCGCCAAUCUACUUAUCUCGAGAAGAAGGAAGAGGUCAGCCUCUGAUCGUGCACCGUGA